AGGUUCAGCUUCAUCAGUCGUUAUCAGACAAGCGAGUCCAUCAGUCGUUGCGUUCCUUAGCCGUCGUGCAAAAGUAGCCUAGUUGAUUCAAACCACUUUAGCAAACCACACAGUUAUAAGCAAAAAAAAAUAGCAAACAACAAAAAAAUAUAUAUAAAUAUAUCUAUAGCAAGCAAUUUAGAGCAAAGCAUAGCAAAAACGCGUUAACAAUUUGUACGCCGUAAUUAAGCAAAUUCAGAAAUCAAGCAGCAGGCAAUUACCGUCAUUCAAUACCACGCACACUCCCCCCCCAACGCUCUCGUUUGCAAUAAUACACCACUGAAUUAUCAGAUUGUAGCGGAUUGAAUUCAAUUCAAUUAGUCAAAAAAGCUUCAGCUUCGAAACGCGUGCAAGUGCAAUCAUAUUAACUCAAAAAAAAAAAAUAAAUAAAUAAAAAUUAAACAACAACAAUAACGCAUAAAUCUUUGUAGAGCUUUAGUGUAAUCUUCAAGAGCUUCGUAAGUAGUUGUGAAUUAUUUUUUGCUGGCGUAACUGUGAAAUAAAUCAAAACAAGCCGAGAACUCAACUUAGCAAGCGCGACAAACGGUUUGAUAACAAACGGCAAAGCACUGUUAUAGCAUUUUUGAGUAACUUUUUUGGAAAUUUUUUCAAAAAUUUCUGAAAAACCCAAACGAACGCUUGACAAAUCCAUGUUUGCAACGCUACAAACAAUCAACCUUAACAGGAUAUUCAAAAAAUAUUUGUAGAAAAGUAGAACAUUUUGACUGAGUUUCGAAGUUUCGACUGCGUGUCAAGCUUGUUUGUGGACCAAAAGUAGUAGUCUUCGGUUUGCCAUUAGAAAAAUAUUGAGAUUUUUUAAGUGCGUGUGCUUUUGCGCUUUGUUAGUGUUGUUGCUGUAUUGUGUAGCAAGCGCAAAAAUAAGAAAAAUUCAUUGUGAUUAACCGUUACAAAAGCGAAAGUAUAUUUAAGGCACCGUUUAAACUCAAAAACACAACGCAACGAGCAAUUUAGAGCGACCACUUAGCUUUGAGCGAACUUGGAUACGAGCAUUUUGGAUAAACGCUGCAAUUAAAUUGUGCAAUAUUAUUAACUAAGUCAUAGAGAAACACAAGCGUACUAAGCAAUUCAGUUCAAAAUAUUAAUUGUGCUACUAAAAACACAAAAAAAAAACACGAAAUACAACAACAAAUUAACCGUAAAUAUAAAGUGAUAUGAAAAGCUGAAUAAAUCAGUCUCCUCACGCUAGCAAUCAAUCAAUCAAACCGUGUGCAGAAACAGCAAAUCCCACGUCAACAAAAUUACUUACAUACAAACGAGCAUAUGCGAGUUUAUACGAAAGGAUAUAAGAAAUAAAUAAGAUAGCGCGGAGCCGUUAAAUAUUGGCAACGACAAGCACAAGCUAGCCGACUAACCCAUAAGCUAACCAAUACAAUAUACACAAAAAAGCGCCCGCUAUCAGCACACUUACAUAUACACAUGCAUUGUAUUGUUGUUGUAUUGUGUGAGCUGCACUAAACGAGAGCCCCCCUUCGUUCGCUACCGGCAAUACUUUUCAUGUCAAUCGUGUGCUAAGCGCCUUGAACGCAACGUCUUAAUCGCAUUUAGCCGACGGCAAACGCGCUAGUAGUGACAAGCAAUAGAGUCAGUCGACUGCGUAGCGUCCCAAGUGACUGGCUUGCUGGCGUAUAACCUGUAGUACACCAGUGACAUUUGUAAGACGAGGCGCGCUGUGCCAAAUAAUAGCGUUAACCAGCUGCUUAGCGACACUCGCGCGUGUGUGUGUGCGUGCGUGCGUGCGUGCGUGCGUUGUUGAUAUCUCUCUCCCCGACGCGUUAAGUAAAAGCCAACAAAAUUUCACACUUUGGAGUAAAUCUGUUUUACGUUAAGCAGCCAACGGAGAUUUUUCCACCGCCAACGCAGGCGAUUAAAGCGAUCAGUCCACCAGCGGCAAUACAGGCAGCGCCCGCCACCAUUCCAACGAAGAAACUCGUCAUGGUGACGCGAACGAAGAAAAUUUUUGUGGGUGGGCUGUCCGCGCCCACAACACUGGAGGAUGUCAAAAGCUACUUCGAGCAAUAUGGACCGAUUGAGGACGCUAUGCUCAUGUUCGAUAAGCAGACCAAUCGGCACCGAGGUUUUGGCUUCGUUACAUUUCAGAGUGAGGAUGUGGUAGAUAAAGUUUGUGAAAUUCAUUUCCAUGAGAUCAACAACAAAAUGGUCGAAUGCAAGAAGGCGCAACCCAAAGAAGUCAUGCUGCCGGCCAACUUGGCCAAGACGCGCGCUGCCGGUCGCUCUGCAUACGAUAACAUCAUGUGGGGACUGGGGACACUACCCGACGGAUUUCCGGCAGCCGCCUAUGCAGCCUAUGCAGCUGGACGUGGUUAUUCGGGAUAUCCAAGCUUCGGUUUGCCUUACCCUGCUGUGGAUCUAACUAAUGGACAACUAACGCCGAACAACAACACUCCUCUUCUCACUCAGGCUCUUUCAGUGAUGAACAACUAUCAAGCUGCCGCUGCAGCAGCCCAUAGCUUCGGACCUUCCGCUUCGCCACACACUGCGACCACGCGACAAGGCUUCCCUUCGACUAACUCGCCUGGGCCCACCAUUGACAUGUACAGCUCAACUGGCGCUGACAACGUCGGCUACGUACAGGCAACAAGCCCACAACCUUCUGGAUUUCCUAUAGCUGUGAGUCGGGCACCAUUAAACUAUAGCCCGGGACCACUGAUUCCUGCGGCCUUUACAAAUGGUUACCAUUAAAGCAUUGGCGUUGAAUUGCAACAUUUAAUACAACUGCAACAACAGCAACAACAACAUAUGAAAACCGCAGCUAACAGUUAAAACAACUAACAACCGUUAACGGGAUCCAGCUUGGAUUAGAAGACACAGGAAAAGGUGGAAAAGUUACCAAAAAUCAACACACAACACAAAAAAAAUAAAGUAAUCUAUAACCAAUACACCAAAAACAAACAUACAUGCAUACAUAUACAUACAUACAUUUAUACAUAUAUAUACAAAUAGACAUACUAAUAUUAAUAAUAAAUGAAGUUUAUAAAAAUGAAUAAGUGGAGAGCAAGCAAGCAUACAGAAAUAAAUUAAUAUUUAUUUAUAUACAUACACAUAUGUGCACACACAUACAUACAAACAUGUAGUUUAUCUAAUGUGUAUGUAAAGCUUAUCUUUAUAUUUAUGAAUAUGCAGCUAAACACAG